AUGGCUCCUGUCGCCGUUGAACAGCAACAACCGGUGCUUCCUCCGGCUCCCGUCCGGGGGCCGCUGGAUUACAAGGUCGCUUUCAACUAUGGCCCGAAGUCGUACCAGAAAGAAAACGAGGAGCAGGGGAGCGGGAAGCAUGCGCCUGCCAAAUACCCCCACUAUCUGCCAACAUGGAGCCCCAAGACCUAUCCGCCUCUUGAGCCAUUCGAGCACUACGAGCACGGCAAAGACGCUGACCCUUCAUUCCCGCACCUCUUCGCCACUGGCAAGCACAGGCCCUUGGCACCGAAGAUUGGCUCUGAAGUCACCGGUGUGCAACUGAGCAAGCUUUCCGAUAAGGGCAAGGAUGAGCUGGCGCUCUUCGUUGCUCAAAGGAAGGCAGUCGCGUUCCGUGACCAGGACCUUGCCGACUUGCCGAUCCAGGAGGCAUUGGACUUCGGCGGCUACUUUGGAAGGCACCACAUCCACGUCUCGAGCGGUGCCCCCGAGGGAUACCCGGAGAUUCAUCUUGUGCACCGCGGUGCCGACGAGACCACUGCCAGAGACUUCUUCCAGGAGAGGACGAAUUCCAUCACCUGGCACUCUGACGUGACUUUCGAGGCACAGCCUCCCGGUACAACUUUCCUGUACGUCUUGGAUGGACCUGAGGCUGGAGGUGACACUCUCUUUGCAAGCAUGGUGGAAGCAUACAACCGUCUGUCUCCUGAGUUCCAGAAGAGGUUGCAUGGCCUCAAGGCUAUUCACUCUGGCUUUGAGCAAGCCGAGGCCAGCGCCGCUCGUGGAGGUGUCGUUCGCCGUACGCCUGUUGCCCACGAACAUCCUCUCGUCCGGACGCACCCUGUCACGGGCGAGAAGGCUCUUUACGUGAACGCACAGUUCACGCGUCGCAUCGUUGGCCUGAAGAAGGAGGAGAGCGACCUGCUGCUGAAGUUCCUUUUCGACCAUGUUGCUGCUGGCGCCGACUUCCAGGCUCGCCUCAAGUGGGAGCCUGGCACUGUCGUCGUUUGGGACAACCGUGUCACUACUCACACCGCGAUCCUGGACUGGGAUGAUGGCCACCGACGCCAUCUUGCGCGCAUUACGCCUCAGGCAGAGCGUCCUUACGAGACGCCGUUCGAAGAGAAGAAAUAG